AGAGAGAGAGAGAGAGAGAGACAGAGGAGAAAGAGAGAGAGAGCGGACAGGCAGAGAGCUCUCGGGAAACGUAACCAGCACUCUCUCUUCCCCGCGUAAAACCAGUCUCUCGAUUGCUCUCUCCGACGGUGCCAAGUCUGUUGGAAGUCGACGAGGAGAAACCGUUGGACUCUCACUGAACCAACUGCAAGCAACGAGGGAAAGAGAAGAGGACGACUUAUUUAAACAUCAUCCGUCGAUUAGAUGUAAAGUAGGCUAUAGGGGAGGCUGAAAUCUAACUUGUGACAUACUGAAGAAAAUCCGAGUUUCUCUCUCCAGUUAGACCCGCUACCGGAGGUUAACACAACGGCUCCGUGUCGACAUGGAUAAAGUUAGACAUUGGCUAUUAGCUGCUAUCAGCUUGUUGUUAACGGUUCGAGGAGAAGCCUAUAAAGGUGAUUGUAAGUUUGACAAGCCGUUUGCAGCCUGCGGGUACACCCAGGGGAGAGAGGACGAUCUAGAUUGGGAACAGGCCAACACCAGAGUGAAGCCCACAGCAGACCCCUGGAUGCCAACAGAUUCAGCCUUCAUUAUGGUCAACACGUCGGGGCGUUUCGCUGGUCAGAAGGCAUUACUCCUGACUCCCCAGCUGAAGGAGAAUGACACUCACUGUAUCAUCUUCCAGUACUUCCUGUCUGGACGCGAGGGGGCGGGACCGGGGCAGCUCAACGUGUACAUCAGAGAGAACAACAGUCCACUGGGCAUGCCCGUCUGGAACGUGUCUGGGCCAGCUACUAGAGCCUGGGUACAGGUAGAACUGGCCAUCUCUACCUACUGGCCCAACUUCUAUCAGAUGGUGUUUGAGGUGGUAACCUCAGGGCGUCGUGGCCUGCUGGCCAUCAAAAAUGUGGUGCUCCAGGGCCAUCAGUGCAUGAACACCCCUCACUUCCUGACCAUAAAGGGUGUAGAGGUGAACGCUGGACAGACGGCCGCCUUCCACUGUACUGUCAACGGACGACAGAGAGACAACUUCAACCUCUGGUUACAGGGUAUUGGUGGACGCGAGGCCCCUAUGAAGUCCACUAAGCCGUGGAACAACAGACGCUUCAUCGGGACCUUCGACGUGGAGAACACCACUAAAGGAGACUCAGGACGCUACCGAUGCAUAGUCCACUCUGACAAAGGAGUUGGAGUGUCCAACUAUGGAGAACUCACCAUAAAACAGCCCCCGGUGCCCAUCGCUCCCCCCCAGCUCACAGCGGUCGGCGCCACCUACCUUUGGAUCCAGCUUAACGCUAACUCCAUCAACGGAGACGGUCCAAUCAUCGACCGAGAGGUGGAGUACCGUACGGUGUCAGGGACCAUGUAUGACCUGCAGCCUGUGGACAAGACAACCCAUAAGAUAGGUCACCUGACACCAGACACAGACUAUGAGAUCAGUGUGCUGUUGACCAGGCCCCUGGAUGGAGGGACUGGGGCCCCCGGGCCUCCUCUCAGGGCCAGGACCAAGUGUGCUGAGCCAAUCCACGGUCCCAGUAAUCUAGAAGUCGUUGACGUCCAAUCAAAACAAGUCACUGUUCGCUGGGAGCCUUUCGGCUACAACGUCACGCGUUGCCAUAGCUACAACCUGACGGUGCAGUACCGAUCCCAAGUGGCGGGGAAGGACGAGACCCGGGAGGAGGUGUGUUACGACACCCUGGGUCACGACCCCCAGCACACCAUCCACAACCUGACCCCCUACACCAACCUGUCAGUCAAACUGGUCCUCAAGAACCCAGAGGGGGUCAAAGAGAGCCCAGAGAUGGAGCUGCAGACGGAUGAAGACGUACCCGGAGCGGUUCCUCUGGAGUCCAUCCAGGGCAGUGCUUAUGAAGAGAAGAUGAUCCUGAAAUGGAGAGAACCAGCCCAGACCUACGGAAUCAUCACUCAGUACGAGAUCUCCUACAAGACAGUGAGUUCCUUUGACCCAGAGCUGGAUCUGUCCAACCAGAGUGGGAAGGUCCUGAAACACAGCAAUGAGACCAGCCACAUCUUCCUGGGGCUGUACCCAGGAUCCACGUACUCAUUCAACCUCCGAGCCUCUACCGUCAAGGGAUAUGGUCCAUCAGUCAUCACACAGUUCACCACCAAGAUAUCAGCUCCCUCCAUGCCAGCUUAUGACCAGGAGACAUCUCUGAACCAGACAGACAGCACAGUGACUGUCCUGCUGAAACCUGCACAGAGCCGAGGGGCACCUGUCAGUGGGUACCAGGUGGUGGUAGAAGAGGAGAGGCCUCAGAGGGCGAGGAGGGGAGCGGUUGAGAUUCUCCGCUGUUACCCUGUCCCCAUCCACUUCCAGAACUCCACGGUCCUGAACUCUGGGUACUACUUCACAGCUGAGUUCCUCGCCGUAGGGCUACAGGCUCCUCAACCCUUCACUGUGGGAGACAACAAGACCUACGGUGGAUACUGGAAUGCCCCCCUACUGCCGCAGAAGAGCUACAGCAUCUACUACCAGGCGGUCAGCACGGCUAACGGGGAGACCAAGAUGGACUGUGUCCGCAUCGCCACUAAAGCUGCCAUACUGGUGACCCAGCUCACGACUCCGUAUCUCCGCAUCGUACCAGCGGCUGGUGACGACCAACUAACAGGAGCGGCCACGCAUAAGCCUGACGCGGUAGAGCCAGAGAAACAGACUGACCAUACAGUGAAGAUAGCCGGAGUCAUCGCUGGCAUCCUCCUCUUCGUCAUUAUCUUCCUCGGAGUCGUCCUCCUCAUGAAGAAAAGAAGAACCUACCACUCCUACACUUACUAUCUGAAGCUGGCUAAGAAGCGUAAAGAGACGUUGAGCAGUACACGACAGGAGAUGACAGUGAUGGUUAACUCUAUGGAUAAGAGUUAUACGGUGCAGGGGACAAACUGUGACGAGGCCUUGUCGUUCAUGGACACACACAGCCAAACCCUCAACACCAGGAGUGAGUGUACCCUCACACUCAAUGGGAGAACUGCGUCGUCCCCUUCCUCCUUCACCCUGAAUAAGUCUAAUACUCUCAGCACAACGCUUCUCAAGUCCUACUACCCAGAUCCCUUUGUGCCAACCGCUAUCUUAGACGACAGCCAGACGCUGGGUGGUGGUGGUAGCUGCAGCGACACCAGUAGUCUGGUCCAGUCUCACGGCCACUCCCUGAGGAAGAGGGAGGGGACAGUAGACGCGCCCUACCAGACAGGCCAGCUCCACCCUGCUAUCAGAGUAGCCGACCUGCUGCAGCACAUCACGCAGAUGAAGUGCGCAGAGGGAUACGGCUUCAAGGAGGAGUACGAGAGCUUCUUUGAGGGGCAGUCCGCGCCGUGGGACUCCGCGAAGAAAGAUGAGAACCGGAUGAAGAACCGAUAUGGGAACAUUAUUGCGUAUGAUCACUCCCGAGUCAGACUUCAGCCCCUGGAGGGAGAGCAGAACUCUGAUUACAUUAAUGCAAAUUACGUUGAUGGCUACCACAGGCCCAACCAUUACAUCGCUACCCAGGGUCCGAUGCAAGAGACGGUGUUUGACUUCUGGAGGAUGGUGUGGCAGGAGAACACGGCUGCUAUCGUCAUGGUCACCAACCUGGUGGAAGUUGGCAGGGUGAAGUGCUGUAAGUACUGGCCAGACGACACAGAGAUCUACAGAGACAUCAAGGUGACCCUCAUAGAGACGCAGCUACUGUCAGAGUACGUCAUACGGACCUUCGCUGUCGAGAAGAGAGGAGCUCAUGAGAUCCGGGAGAUCCGUCAGUUCCACUUCACAGGGUGGCCGGACCACGGGGUGCCCUACCACGCUACUGGCCUCCUGGGCUUUGUACGUAGGGUGAAGGCCAAGACACUCACCAUUGCUGGACCCAUGGUCAUCCACUGCAGUGCGGGGGCGGGCCGAACAGGCUGUUUCAUAGUGAUUGACAUCAUGCUGGACAUGGCAGAGAGAGAGGGCGUGGUGGACAUCUAUAACUGUGUCAGAGAGCUGCGCUCCAGGAGAGUCAACAUGGUGCAGACUGAGGAGCAGUAUGUCUUUAUCCACGACGCCAUCUUGGAGGCGUGUCUUUGUGGUGACACCACCAUCCCAGCCAAUCAGCUUCGCUCGGUCUACUAUGACAUGAACCGAUUGGACCCCCAGACCAACUCCUCCCAGAUUAAAGAGGAGUUCAGGACUCUGAACAUGGUGACUCCUACGUUGCGGGUGGAGGACUGUAGUAUCGCCCUGCUCCCCAGGAACCACGAGAAGAACCGCUGUAUGGAUGUUCUUCCUCCUGACCGCUGUCUGCCCUUCCUCAUCACCAUCGACGGAGAGAGCUCCAACUACAUCAACGCUGCUCUUAUGGACAGUUAUAAGCAGCCGUCAGCGUUCAUCGUGACCCAGCAUCCUCUACCCAACACAGUGAAGGAUUUCUGGAGGCUGGUGUUGGACUACCACUGCACCUCCAUAGUGAUGCUCAAUGACGUCGACCCAGCACAGCUAUGUCCUCAGUACUGGCCAGAGAACGGGGUGCAUCGCCAGGGGCCAAUCCAGGUGGAGUUUGUAUCAGCUGACCUGGAGGAAGACAUAAUCAGUAGAAUAUUCAGGAUCUACAACGCAGCACGACCUCAGGACGGGUACCGUAUGGUGCAACAGUUCCAGUUCCUGGGUUGGCCAAUGUACCGAGACACUCCCAUGUCCAAACGCUCCUUCCUCAAGCUCAUCAGACAGGUGGACAAAUGGCAGGAGGAGUAUGAUGGAGGAGAGGGACGCACUGUGGUGCACUGUCUUAACGGAGGAGGCCGCAGUGGGACGUUCUGUGCCAUCAGCAUCGUGUGUGAGAUGUUACAACAUCAACGUUCUGUAGACGUUUUCCACGCCGUCAAAACACUGAGGAACAACAAACCCAACAUGGUCGACCUACUGGAUCAGUACAAGUUCUGCUAUGAAGUGGCUCUGGAGUACUAGAACAGCAGACUGGGCCUGGAUGCAGAUCUAGACUGAAGGGGUUUGGGACUUUACAAAAGACUGCAGCACAGACCGACCCGUGUUAUCACGGUCAAACAACUGGAGCGAGGCAACACAGCAAGCACACAGACACGCAGAGCUCCCGCUCUCUCUCUCUCUCUCUAGCUCUCUCUCUCUCUCUCUUUCUGUCUCUC